CCACAGCUCAUUCGAACCAGAAAAAAGGAAGAAAAAGAACAAAGAAAACAUCAAUCAUCUCUCUACUCCCCCCACUCUCUCUCUCUGCGUCGGUCUCCGUUUCCCUUUACUUUCCCCAGAUCCGAUGAAACCAAAAAAGACAUCCCCAAAACCCCAAUUUUAAACACCCCCAGCCCACUCCCAUAUGGAUUAUUGUUAUUCCCUAUUCAUACUUUUCUGAUUUAUAUAAGAAAUACCCAUCUUUAUCUCUCUUUUUUUCUUGCUCCCUCAUUUCAUUUCCCAAAAUUUGACCUUUACCAUUUCGCAUUUCCAAUUCCCUAACCCUAGAGGAGAAGGGGGGAAAAGAAGGUAGAGAAAAUGGCGACGAGAGGGAGUAGAUCAGAAAAGGUGAAGAGGAUUUUCCAGCAAUUCGACACGAACCGAGAUGGGGGUCUUAAUAGAGAUGAAAUGGCAGCGUUAGUCGUCGCUGUUAACCCCAGAGUCAAGUUUAGCGACGAACAAAUUAACGCCAUUCUCGACGAAGUAUUUCGAACCUAUGGGGAGUUCAUUGACGGCGAAAAGGGGUUAACUUAUGACGGUUUGUUGAGAACUUACGACGACGGAGCUGGUGACGUGGACCGUGACUUCGACGCGCUGGGGCUCGAGCUCAAUUUCGACGAAAACAAAGGCGCAUCUAUCGUGUCCGAAGCAUCGUCGUCGUCGAUUGCGGAUGAGAGAGUAAUAGAGUCGCAGAAGAAUCAACGGACGGCGGCGUGGGCAGUGUCGCCGCAUCACGGGAUAGUUUUCGACGACACGUGGAAGCUCGUUGAUGAUUUGGAGAUUUUGCUCAAGAGGUUGAAAGCAAAGCAAGCGAAAGACGCGAAAUUUAGAAAUGAUAAUUUUGAUGCGUAUUCAGAUGCCGGGUGGUCAAGGGAAUUAGGAGCCUCUGCAGAGCUUUCAGAGAAAAGGGUAUAUUGGGAAGAAUCAGGGCCUGAUUAUGCACUUUUUGUUAAAGAAUUGGGAGCUUUAAGGAGUAGAGCUGAUGGCGCAAGGUCAAGAGAAGAAGCAUUUGAUGGACACAUGGCAAUUGGGAGGGUCUUAUAUGAGCACCAGUUGUUUAAAGAAGCUUUGAUAUGUUUCAAAAGGUCUUGCGAAUUACAGCCAAUGGAUGUCAGGCCACAUUUCAGAGCCGGGAAUUGUUUGUAUGUGUUAGGGAAGUCCAAAGAAGCUAAAGAAGAGUUUCUGUUGGCUUUGGAAUCAGCUGAGGCUGGUGGGAACCAAUGGGGUUACUUGCUUCCUCAAAUUUAUGUCAAUCUUGGGAUUGCUCUUGAAGGAGAAGGUAUGGUUUUAAGUGCUUGUGAGUAUUAUAGGGAAGCUGCUAUUCUUUGCCCUACUCAUUAUAGAGCUUUGAAACUUUUGGGUAGUGCUCUUUUCGGGGUGGGGGAGUAUAGGGCAGCUGUAAAGGCUUUAGAAGAGGCUAUUUUUAUGAAACCAGAUUAUGCUGAUGCACAUUGUGAUUUAGCCUCAGCUUUGCAUGGUAUGGGUGAGGAUGAGAGGGCAAUUGAAGUUUUCCAGAAAGCUAUUGAUUUGAAACCAGGUCAUGUUGACGCUCUAUACAAUCUAGGUGGGCUUUAUAUGGACUUGGGUAGGUUUCAGAGAGCUUCUGAGAUGUACACUAGGGUUUUAGCUGUGUGGCCGAAUCAUUGGCGGGCACAGCUCAAUAAGGCUGUAUCCUUGUUGGGGGCCGGAGAAACUGAAGAAGCUAAGAAAGCUUUGAAGGAGGCCUUAAAAAUGACAAAUAGGGUUGAGUUACAUGAUGCCAUAUACCAUCUGAAGCAGCUACAGAAGAAGAAAGUCAAGACUAACGGUGGUACCAAUGGGGAGGCGGCUUUUGUAAUAAUGGAUCCCUCAAAAUUCAAGACUCUGGGUGAGAAGACUACAUUGAGGCAGGAUUUAGGAAAUGCUCUUCAAAUUAGGGCUUUCCAGAGACUUACUAGAUUGAACCGAUGUGAAGUGGAUCUUUUGAAGAAAGAAAUGAAUGAAACUGAUGUACCAGUCUCCUAUUCCGGUAGCGGUGGUCCUCAGAAAUCCAUACGCAAGCCUAAUUUGGAAGAAGUUCUACGCAAAUUACUUAAUUUUCUAAAACCUGAAACCUUCCAAGGAGCUGUCAAAGCUAUAAAUGAGAAAAUCCUCUCAGUCUUGGAUGAAACAGGAUCGGGCAGGGUGGACUUGGGCAUGUUUUAUGCUGUUCUUGCGCCCCUUUGUAGUGGACCUCCAGAUAAGCGAAAAAGGAUCGCCUUUGAUGCACUCUUAUGGCGACCUGUAAAUGAAGGUGGUUCUCAUAUUAGAAAGGUAGAUGCAGUUCAGUACAUCAAAUUGUUGAGGGCUAUAUUUAUCCCUUCUCAUGGAGCUAGUGAAAUGCUGGAAGUUCAUGGAGAAACAGAUACCUCAAUGGUAUCUUUCAAUGAGUUCCUUAUCAUGUUCAAUGAUCCUGAUUGGGGCUUUGGUAUUUUGUCCACUCUCCUGAAGUUAGAAACUGGAGAUAGGAAUCGUCAUGAACGCCAUGUCUGCUCAGUUUGCCGUUACCCAAUUAUCGGUUCUCGCUUUAAAGAAGUAAAGUCUCAUUUUAGUCUUUGUAAUCAAUGCUACAGUGAGGGUAAGGUUCCCCCUAACUUUAAACAAGAUGAAUAUAAAUUCAAGGAGUAUGGGAAGGAAGCUGAAGCAAUAAAAGAUAAGUGCUUGUGCUUUAAUUUGCAAUCCCGGAAAGAUCCAUAGCUAGUUGGUUUUAAAGUCUUUUGCUAAUCUUGUACCAUUCCAUCGUAUUAUUUUAGGCAUCCCGUGUGCAUUGUGCAAUAUACAGUUCAUCAAUAUGUUCAGUGGCCGUGUCAUGCUCUUGUGUAAUAACCGUUUUCAAGUGAUGGCUCUGAAAUAUCCCUGUUUCGUAAUAGUUGUUGCAGAGCAUUUUUACUCUUCUGUUCUUGGGGGGGAAAAUUUGAGAUGAUGUAUAUUUGAGAUUAUUACACUGUAACUUCUUCUGCUUCUGCUUCCUUUUUUUUCCCUUGGUGGUGUUGAAUUUUCCAGGAGAAUUUUCAAUGGAGAAACAAACGUUAUGUUUCUAUUGGGCAAAAAAGAUGUUAUCCUUUGGGGAUGCAGAGCAUUAAUUCUGCUCAGACUAUUCAGCUGAAGUAGUUGAUAUUAAUUGAUGAAUUGUGAUUAUUGUUUUGCCUACUUGACUCUUGUUGAGUAUCCAUUGUUAAUUUAGAAUAAUCCCAAUUGUCCUUUUAUAUAUGACUACUGAAUACAUCA